GUUUAAUACUGGUCACAUUUCUAGAUCGUCAAUUUUGUGUGUCUCUCCCGGUGUAUUCAACCUAGGGAGUGUUCAGCUAGACGGAACUCAUGCCUGCUUGCAAGUGUCAAGGCACGGAUUGGUUUCUUGUCUAGCUCUGUGGUCUCUUCCUAAAAUCUAUUGUCCGUGAAUGCAGAGUUUUGUACAUUGGAUUAACGAGCUCGUUAAUCCAAGCCUUCUAAAUGAACCAAAUUAGACGCUGGUGAGGUUGUGCUUAUUUCUAUUAGAUCGUGACUUAGGCCCUAGAUCUAGGGUGUAGAUCAGAUUAAAAUGAAAGUCCGUGCUGCACGAAGGCAUAUUACCUCAGAAUCUUGCAGUGAUUGUUAGUUUCCUGGGUUGCGUUGAUAGAUUUUUCUAAAAUGUAACUUGUGGACUGAUUUGCAUAACUUUAUAAGCAUAGUCAUCCUCAGAGUAGAUGGUGCACUUUUGAGGGUAAAAGUAGGUUUUGUGUGUUUAAACUGGGGUAAUUACUUACCACUUUGGAACUACAUGUAGAAGUUCUGUAGUUUGAGAUCAACAGUGCCAGAAUUUGCGUUAUUGGAGCUUUUAAUAGAACUUUGUUAAAUUAGACUUUGUACGUGGGAUGAGGCAUGAGCUUUGCAUUUCAGCGGUAUUUUACAUUCAUUUGGCUUUGCCAUACAUGAUGGGAUAGAAAUUGAAUAGUUUUUGGUCCCAGGUGAUGUCCGUGUGAGUUCAAGGAUAUUGUGUGUGGCGAAUGGUUGCAGAGGUUAAACCUCAGCUCUCACAUGAAAUUUAACUAUUAUCGUGAACAGGAAUUUGCUGCUCAAAAUUUUUGUGUUUCAGGUGCUCUGACCCGUUGACUGCCCAUGGGUUUUACCCUGAUUUGUAUAGAAUGUCAAGUAUAAUUUAACCAGCUAAUGCCCAGAAAUACUAGCAAGAGUGGAUCACUGACUUCAGAUUGUAGGUUUUUGGAUUCAAAGCAUAAAAACCAUUACAAGAUAUACAAUCUAUGUGCUGAAAGACAUUAUGACACCGCCAAAUUUAACUGCAGAGUUGCACAGUAUCCUUUUGAAGACCAUAAUCCACCACAGCUAGAACUUAUCAAGCCCUUUUGUGAAGAUCUUGACCAAUGGCUAAGUGAAGAUGACAAUCAUGUUGCAGCAAUCCACUGUAAAGCUGGAAAGGGACGGACUGGUGUAAUGAUUUGUGCAUAUUUAUUGCAUCGGGGCAAAUUUUUAAAGGCACAAGAGGCCCUAGAUUUCUAUGGGGAAGUAAGGACCAGAGACAAAAAGGGAGUAACUAUUCCCAGUCAGAGACGCUAUGUGUAUUACUAUAGCUACCUGUUAAAGAACCACCUGGACUACAGACCAGUGGCGCUGUUGUUCCACAAGAUGAUGUUUGAAACUAUUCCAAUGUUCAGUGGCGGAACUUGCAAUCCUCAGUUUGUGGUCUGCCAGCUAAAGGUGAAGAUAUAUUCCUCCAAUUCAGGACCCACACGACGGGAAGACAAGUUCAUGUACUUUGAGUUUCCUCAGCCAUUGCCUGUGUGUGGUGACAUCAAAGUAGAGUUCUUCCACAAGCAGAACAAGAUGCUCAAAAAGGACAAAAUGUUUCACUUUUGGGUAAAUACAUUCUUCAUACCAGGACCAGAGGAAACAUCAGAAAAAGUGGAGAAUGGAAGUCUCUGUGAUCAGGAAAUUGACAGUAUUUGCAGUAUAGAACGUGCAGAUAAUGACAAAGAAUAUCUAGUUCUUACCUUAACAAAAAAUGAUCUGGACAAAGCAAACAAAGACAAGGCCAACCGAUACUUUUCUCCCAAUUUUAAGGUGAAAUUAUACUUUACAAAAACAGUAGAGGAGCCAUCAAAUCCAGAGGCUAGCAGUUCAACUUCUGUGACACCAGAUGUUAGUGACAAUGAACCUGAUCAUUAUAGAUACUCUGACACCACUGACUCUGAUCCAGAGAAUGAACCUUUUGAUGAAGAUCAGCAUUCACAAAUUACAAAAGUCUGAUUUUUUUUUAUCAAGAGGGAUAAAAUACCAUGAAAAAAAAAAACUUGUAAAAAAAAAAAAUUUAAAAAACUGAAAUGGGCUUUUUUUUUUUUUUUUUUUUUUAAAUGGCAAUAGGACAUUGUGUCAGAUUGCAGUUAUAGGAACAAUUCUCUUUUCCUGACCAAUCUUGUUUUACCCUAUACAUCCACAGGGUUUGACACUUGUUGUCCAGUUGAAAAAGCUUGUGUAGCUGUGUCAUGUAUAUACCUUUUUGUGUCAAAAGGACAUUUAAAAUUCAAUUAGGAUAAAUAAAGAUGGCACUUUCCCAUUUUAUUCCAGUUUUAUAAAAAGUGGAGACAGACUGAUGUGUAUACGUAGGAGUUUUCCUUUUCUUUUCUGUCACCAGCUGAAGUGGCUGAAGAGCUCUGACUCCCAGGUUCACGUCCUACCUACCCCUUUGCACUUGUGGCAACAGAUAAGUUUGCAGUUGGCUAAGAGAUGUUUCUUACAGGGUUUCGCUAAAUUCUAAUGCAUGUACUUGGGUUGAGGGAAUGGAGGGGAUGCUCAGAAAGGAAUAUUUUUAGCUGGGCUCUGGACCAUAUACCAUCUCCAGCUACUUACAUGUACCUUUCUUUAGCAUGCUACAGUUACUAAUCUGGACAUCCAAGAAAUUGGCCGCUGUCACUGCUUGUUGUUUGUGCAUUUUUAAGAGCAUUAUUGGUGCUAGAAAAGGCAGCUAGAGAGAUUCAAUUUGUAUUGGGGUAUAGGAAUGAACCUUCUACAGCAUCUUAAGAAUCCACAAAUGAAGGGAUAUAAAAAUAACAUGGUCAUGGAUAAGAGACACAGCAACGAUGACUUAACCAUACAAAUGUGGAGGCUAUCAACAAAGAAUGGGCUGGAAACAGAAAAAUUGACAAUGAUUUAUUCAGUAUGCUUUCUCAGUUGUAAUGACUGCUCCAUCUCCUCUGUAAUCAAGGCCAGUGCUAAAAGUCAGAUGCUAUUAGUACCUACAUCAGUCAACAACUUACAUCUAUUUUCAUUAAUUUUCAAUCAUAUACCCACUGUGGAUGCUUCAUGUGCUGGCUGCCAGUUUCUUUUUCUCGUUAAAUAGAAAACAUUGUGUAAUUCUUCACAGGAAAUUACAAUUUGAGAUUCAUCAGUAAGCGGUUUUUUUCUGUAGAGAUGGAUGAUGCACUUAGUCCAGUAGCUGUCAGAUGCCCCACCCUUUUGACCUUACACAUUCUAUUACAAUGAGUUUUGCAGUUUUGCACAUUUUUUAAAUGUCAUUAACUGUUAGGGAAUUUUACUUGAAUACUGAAUACAUAUAAUGUGUAUAUUAAAAAAGUCAUUGUUUGUGUUAAAAAAGGAAAUUAGAGUUGCAGUAAAUUUUCAGCACUGCACGAAUAAUAAGGCAUUUAAGUUUUUCAGUAGAAAUUGUCCUACAGAUGCUUUAUCGACUUGCUAUUGAAAGAGUAGAUCUUUUUUAAUGUGCAGUGUUGAGUCACUUCUUUAUAGUGGUAGAGUUGGGAUUAGGGCUUCAAUUUUACUGCUUAAAUAUCAUUAUAUGUUGGAUAUGCCCAGACUGCAUACAAUUUAAAGCUCGAGUACAACUACUAUUGUAAUGGUAAUGUGAAGAUACUAUUAAAGAGGAUUCUUUUUUCCUGGGAA